AUCAGGGGUUGGAUUAGAAGACCUCCAAGGUCCCUUCCAACUCUGUUAUUUUAAACACUUUAUCCGAUAGAGAUGGGCGGUUAAGAAAUAGUAUAUAUUUCUUUAGGCCACUAUAUAUAAAUCAAUCAAUGAAUCAACCAUAAACAGAACCAGUCAAACUUUGGAAGCCUCGAUGCUUUUCACCUUUUCUUACCCUAACAUUUCUGAUUACAAAGUGGGAGGGGCCGCAACCCUCUACGCCCCCGCCCCAGGUAGAAAACUAGAGAGGAAUCUGCUUGGUUUCCAUUUUCAGGGACUGCAGUACCCGUGAGAAGCGAUCCGAGAACAGCUGUUUGCAGGGUUUAUAAGACUGCGCCCAUUGAUGCUAGCAAGAGUAAAGAACUUCCGCGGCUGCUCCUUUUUCCAGUGCAAAGAAGGGCAUCUGGAAAGCGAACGGGCAAACCUCCGGCGCGCCUUCUGCCUUAGACACGGCCGCCGUUUCCACUCUUGGGAGAUGCACCGUAGCGGGAAGCUCUCGGGCGAGACAAGCCGCUGGGGGCAGCAGCGGAAGCCGCCAAGCUCCUCUCUCAGGGGCCUCCACCUCCUCCGCCUUCGCCUCCGCCCCUGCCGGCGGUGCCUUCCCAGACUCCUCUCCGGGUAAACAGCGAUGGCCGCAGAUGAAGGAGGCGGAGAACAGGAUAACAACAUGGGAAACCACUUGCAGAUCCUCCCCGCCGAGAGUGAGGAAGAGGAUGACGUUGAAAUGGAAGUUGAAGAUCAAGACAGCAGAGAUGCUGAAAAGCCAAACAUCAUUAAUUUUGACACUAGUCUGCCAACCUCUCAUGUGUAUUUAGGAUCAGACAUGGAAGAAUUUCAUGGAAGGACUGUCCAUGAUGAUGAUAGCUGUCAAACAAUUCCAGUUUUACCCCAUGUGAUGGUAAUGCUGAUUCCUGGUCAAACAUUACCUCUUCAGCUUUUUCGUCCCCAAGAGGUUAGCAUGGUCCGGAACUUAAUACAAAAAGACAGAACCUUUGCUGUUCUUGCAUACAGCAACAUACUUGAAAGAGAAGCACAUUUUGGAACGACAGCUGAAAUUUAUGCCUAUCGGGAAGAACAGGAAUAUGGAAUUGAAACCGUCAAAGUAAAAGCUGUGGGAAGACAGCGGUUUAAAGUACUUGAACUAAGAACUCAAGCUGAUGGCCUACAGCAGGCCAAAGUACAAAUCCUUCCUGAGCGGGUACUUCCUUCGACUAUGUCUGCAGUGCAGCUGGAAUCCCACAGCAGAUUGCACAUUUUUCCUUCUUCUAAGCCUGAAACAUGGCAGCAUCAACAGAUACAUCAAUGGCGACAGAAAUACCAAAAGCGCAAGUUUCACUGUGCUAGUCUGACUUCCUGGCCAUCGUGGUUAUAUUCUUUAUAUGAUGCUGAAACCUUGAUGGAACGAGUCAAGGACCAGCUUCAUGAAUGGGAUGAAAAUCUGAAAGAUGAAUCACUUCCAUCAAAUGCAAUAGAUUUUUCAUAUAGAGUUGCAGCAUGCCUACCAAUUGAUGAUGUUUUGCGAAUUCAGCUGCUUAAAAUUGGUAGUGCUGUUCAGAGACUGCGCUGUGAAUUAGAUAUUAUGAACAAAUGUACCUCUCUUUGCUGUAAGCAGUGUCAAGACACAGAAAUAACUACUAAAAAUGAAAUAUUCAGUUUAUCCCUAUGUGGACCUAUGGCAGCCUAUGUGAAUCCUCAUGGCUAUGUGCACGAGACCCUUACUGUCUACAAGGCCUGCAAUCUGAAUCUGAAUGGCAGAUCUUCCACAGAGCACAGCUGGUUUCCUGGAUAUGCAUGGACUAUAGCUCAGUGCAGCAUCUGUGCAAGCCAUAUGGGUUGGAAGUUUACUGCAGUCAAGAAGGAAUUGUCACCUCAAAAAUUCUGGGGACUGACCCGUUCUGCUCUGCUGCCAAGAAUUCCAGAAAAAGAAAAUGAAUCUGGGCAAGAAAGAUCGCUAGUGCUUUGCCUUUGAUCUGGGCACCUUACUCAGAACAAACUAAAAGUAGUUUGUGUCUCGAAGAAAAAAGUAUUAAAAGUAUCUGCCUCUGGGAUCUGGUUGUAUAUUUGAACUUUAUGAAAAAGGCACUGUUACUUCCGAAGGCCCUGAAAAAUUUAAUAUUUUGAAGAUGUACAAAAUGUGAAACGGAACGUGAGAAUAAAGCAGACAGUUUCAUGUUUUCUGGCAUGUACUGAAUUGAACAGCUCGGAUUUACAGCUGCUCUUUAAUAAUGUAAGAAGACAUCUAAUGUUGUUGAGGAGCUAAAGCUGAGUAGAAGUGACAUGAAGACUAUAUAACUUAAAAGUGUGCGUAAUGAUAGCUAUAAUCUAUUGCCCGCUGUUUUAAGGUAUUUUCCUGUAGAAUGUGGUGAAUUUACUAGAAUACCUGUUUUCUACCUGUAUGAAAUAGUUUACAGGUACCACUAGCAUUUGCUUCAAUAAGCCUUAAAAAGACAAGGAGACCCAGUCUUCUAAAAAGGAGUGUGCAGCUCCUAAGAUCAGACUCUAGCUCAGCGGUCCCCAACCUUUUGAGCACCAGGGACCGGUUCCAUGGAGAAAGGUUUUUCUGCAGACAGGAGGGGGCAUGGUUUCAUGUACUGCCUGCAUCCCGCAGAGGGGUCUUUGCUUGUUUGCGCAGCCCGGCUUCUGGCAUGCCGCGUCCGGGUGCCGGUCCACAGACUGGGGGUUGGGGACCCCUGCUCUGGCUUACUGUAGAAGCACGCAUUGAAGCCUGCUGCUCAGAAAAUCUACGAAAUGCAACUCUGGUUAAAACCAGACUGUUUGUGUUUGCUUUAUCUCCUUUAUAGGAUUUUCACUCCAUUUGGCAUUUUCAGAUUUCCUUUUUUAAAAAAGUAGAAAUGUAGGUUAGUUGUUUCUGCCUCUAGCAGCAUAAUAAAGGGUAUGAUUUUCGAGAUUGAUCUCUCCAGUGCAUUUCAGUUAAUCAUAACACAAAAGUUUAUAAUUAAAUGUUUUGAAGCAUUAUGUAUCUUUUUACGUGUCUAGGGACUUGACAUCGCAGUUGUUCAUAAAUUAUAUAUUUGGUAUUGGAAAACAGCAGACAUCUUACUACUCUUUGUAAUUUCUUAUCUGAAGCUGAGGGAUUGCGGGGUAAUAAUGCUUCUGAUAAAAACUUGUUUUCAGGAGAUAGUAUGGUAUAGAAAUGGGUGCCAAAAAGAAGAAAUAAAGACUUAAUACAUUGUUUUUUCCAGAAUGCACUUCAGUAAAUCCACAGGUAUCAGAUUUGUUUCAUAGAAAUAUGUAGUGAGCUUGUUAAUAAUAUGUGUUGAGUUACCUUGCUGAAAUAAAAACUUUGCUGAAA